UUUUUUCUUCAGCCAUUUUUGGAUAUCUUUAUUCACCAACAACAACAUCAAAAUCUCUCCCUCUCCUCUCUCUUUUUUUUCUUAUCAAAUCCAUUAUUAAUUGUUAUUAUUUUGUUCCACUCUUCUGCUACUUUUCUAAUACCUUCACAAUCCAAAAAUAUUUAUUUUUUCCGCUACAACGCUCGAUUUAAUCGUAGAUCCGCCCCAGGCUGUUCUCUCAUCUCUAAUCUUUUCCUUUCUUUUUUGGCUUGUUUUAGGCUCUUCAUUUUAUUCUUGUUGCGUGUUUUUAAAUUUGGCUGUUUGAUUUUUUAUAUUAAGCCGAAGAUUACAUACUAAAGAGGACGAGAAUAAACAGAAAAAGCACAACUUUUUUCAACAAAAAAUAAAUUCUCUCUCUCUCCCCAAUAUUCACUCAAGCAUUUUAAAAACAUAAAAAUUCUGUGAACAUUUUGUGUUUUAAAAAACAAUUUUUUAAUUUAAUUUUUUCUACAUAAUUAUUUAAUUAAAAUGAUUGCUGUCUCAGAAAUUUGUCUAAGAAAAAUAUUAAUUAAAUUAAAAAUGCCAAAAGAAAAAAGGAAGAGAAAUAAUUUAUUAAAAUCUUUAAUAUUUAUUAAAUUAAUAUUAAUUAAUUCAAUUUUUGGAAUUUCUGAUGGAGCAAUUAAAUUAAAUAUAAUGUGCAAGGAUCUCUUUACUUGUACAGUGAAAAAUCGUUGUGUUCAAUUAGAUAGUUUACAAAGUUCUUUUGAAAAUGCAACUAUUGGAAAAAAUCUUUACAAUGAAUUGGAUAAAAAUAUAGAUUAUGGAUGUAUAUUUACAUCUGGAUGUAUGGAAGAGUGUAAUAAAUGUCCUCUUUGUAUGACAAGCAAACAACAGGUUUGUGGUAAAUAUCAGGCAUAUUUCUGUCCUUAUUCCCGAAAAUCAGGAAUUUAUCUUUUUGUCGGUAGAAUCCUUGAUAUAUUUAUAAAAGUAUGUUACUUAUACAUAUACUACAUAAUACAUGUAGUACAUAUUUUCAAAUUCAGAGAGAUAUUUAUCCCGAAACGUUAA